CCGGUGCAGCCUGGUAGGGAGGGCUCCCGGCAUCUCCCAGCGUCGGGGCAGAGGAUGCCGAGGGGAACGCAGGUCCCGCGCCUGUGACAAAAUCUCGCUGUCUCCUUCCAACCACCUGUGGUCGGCAUCCCCGCGUUGUCACUGCGACGCAGAGGCGAGCGAGGUGGCGGGAAGCACCCGCGGGGCGGGGAGGGACCCUGCGGGCGCGGACUCCACACCAAGCCUCUGCUCAGCGUCACCCCGCUUGCUGUGUCCUCGCAGGUCGCAGCUUCAUGGCCUGAUGCCUUCAGGAAGUAUUUUGAAGUCAUCGUGGCUGUGGAUUGGGGGAUUUCUUGUUUCCACUGACCUGUGAGGCCGCGCACGUGGAGGGAGGCACCCCGGGUCCUCCGGCACUAUCCCGCCUCGCCUGUGUCCCUAGUAGCAGUGGGCAUUUCCAGACGGUGCAGCUUGUGGCUAAAGUGACAGGAAGAUGUAGGAGCUUUCAGUCUUGGAUGAGGAUUCGAACUGAAGGGCUUAGGCCCAGCUGUCUUGGAGCAAAACCUCUGUUGUGGGGUGAGAAGGGAAAGGGGGGGUGAGGGUGCAGGGACCCUCCUAGGAGGACACCGGACCAGUUGGGCCGAGACCUCAUUAGAGAUCUAGAGCACGGAUGGGAGGAGCAGAGGCUCGAUUUGUGUCCUGUCCAGACUCCCACAGGCUGGGUGAUGGUGAGAGAUUUGUGCCCAUUCAGAUGUGGCGGCAGAGGAGGGCAAGGCCGAAGGAGCAGAUAGCACCGCUUCUUGGGGAGUUGUGAAGGCAUCAUGCGGAGGGCCGAGCUUAGCAGCCAAGUGGAGGACAGCACCCUCCAUGCCUGGAUUCGUUACUCGCUCGUUCUAGAUGUUGAGCUGCUGGCACAUUGCAGCACAACUAGAGAUGUACGGAUGCCCCCAUCUUGAUCUUACAGAAUCAGAGGUGCAACCGCAAGAAAGGUCUUGGAAGAUGAUCACAUCCCAGGGAUCAGUGUCAUUUAGGGAUUUGACUAUGGGCUUCACUCAAGAGGAGUGGCAGCAUCUGGACCCUGCUCAGAGGACCCUGUACAGGAAUGUGAUGCUGGAGAACUACAGCCACCUUGUCUCAGUAGGGUAUUGCAUUCCUAAACCAGAAGUGAUCCUCAAAUUGGAGACAGGCAAGGAGCCAUGGAUAUUAGAGGAAAAAUUUCGAAGCCAGAGUCAUCUGGAAUUAAUUAAUACCAGUAGAAACUAUUCAAGAAUGAAGUUCAAUGAGUUUAACAAAGGUGGAAAAUGUUUCUGUGGAAAGCAUGAAAUAAUUCAUUUUGAAGAGGAACCUUGUGAAUAUAAUAAAAAUGGGAACAGCUUCUGGCUGAAUGAAGACCUCAUUUGGCAUCAGAAGAUUAAAAAUUGGGAGCAACCUUUUGAAUACAAUGAAUGUGGGAAAGCUUUCCCUGAGAAUUCACUCUUCCUUGUACAUAAGAGAGCUUACACAGGACAGAAAACAUGCAAAUAUACUGAACAUGGGAAAACCUGUUAUAUGUCAUUUUUUAUUACUCAUCAGCAAACACAUCCAAGCGAGAACCACUAUGAAUGUAAUGAAUGUGGAGAAAGUAUCUUUGAGGAAUCCAUUCUCUUUGAACAUCAGAAUGUUUACCCAUUCAGCCAGAAUUUAAAUCCCACUCUAAUUCAGAGAACCCACUCAAUUAGCAAUAUUAUUGAAUAUAAUGAAUGUGGAACCUUUUUCAGUGAAAAAUUAGCCCUUCAUUUACAACAGAGAACACAUCCAGGGGAAAAACCUUAUGAAUGUCAUGAAUGUGGAAAAACCUUCACCCAGAAGUCAGCCCACACAAGACAUCAGAGAACACACACGGGAAAACCCUAUGAAUGUCACGGAUGUGGGAAGACCUUCUAUAAGAAUUCAGACCUCAUUAGAAAUCAAAGAAUUCACACAGGGGAGAGACCUUACAGAUGUCAUGUGGAGAAAUCCUUCAGUGAAAAGUCAUCCCUUACUCAACAUCAGAGAACACAUGGGGAGAAAUCAUAUGAAUGUCAUGAAUGUGGGAAAUCCUCGUUUAAGUCAGUUCUAACUGUGCAUCAGAAACACACAGGGGAGAAGCCCUAUGAAUGCUAUGCAUGUGGGAACACCUUUCUCAGAAAAUCCGAUGUCAUUAAACAUCAGAGAAUUCACACAGGAGAAAAACCUUAUGAAUGUAAUGAAUGUGGGAAGUCAUUCUCUGAGAAGUCAACCCUUACUAAACAUCUAAGACACACAGAUUGGAAAUCUUAUGAAUGUAUUCAAUGUGGAAAAUUUUUCUGCUGCUACUACAGUUUCACAGAACAUCUGAGAAGACACACAGGGGAGAAACCUUUUGGAUGUAAUGAAUGUGGGAAAACCUUCCAUCAGAAGUUGGCCCUAAUUGUUCACCAGAGAACUCAUAUAAGACAGAAACCCUAUGGAUGUAAUGAAUGUGGAAAAUCAUUCUGUGUGAAGUCAAAACUCAUUGCAUAUCAUAGAACAUACACAGGGGAGAAACCCUAUGAAUGUAAUGUUUGUGGAAUUAUUAUUAAGUCAAAACUAACUGUACAUCAGAGAACACACUUGAGGUGAAACCCUAUAAAUGUAGUAAGUGAGGGAAAUUACUCUGGGUGAAGUCAGAACUUUGUAGAGCAGAGAACAUAAAGGGUGAGAGAAAUCUGUUAAUAUAAUGAUAAUGAGAACACCUUUGCCCUGAAGUCAGUUCUCACAGUAGAGAAGAGAACUUAAAGAGGGAAAAAACAAUAUGAAGAUAUGGAGUGCAGGAAAACAUUAUUCUGGAAUUUGGGCCAUAGAUUAUGUUUAAAAACUAAAAGUGAAAAACACUUAUGGUGAAUGAAUAUAGGAAACAUUUUGCUCAAUGCCACACCUCAGUAAACAUCAGAGAGUUCACACAGGGUGAAACCUGGCUCAGCAUCCCUAAGUUGAGAAGGGAUGCAUUUUUUUGCUACUACUACAGUUUCACAGAAUAUCUGAGAAGACACACAGGGGAGAAACUUUUUGGGUGUAAUGAAUGUGGGAAAACCUUUCACCAGAAGUGAGCCCUAAUUGUUCACCACAGAACUCAUAUAAGACAGAAACCCUAUGGAUGUAAUGAAUGUGGAAAAUCAUUCUGUGUGAAGUCAAGAGGCCACAGAAAAUGCACAAACUAUAGGAAAGCAUUUACUAUGAGGUUAUAUUUUAUAGAGUAUAUGUAAUAAGAAGUACCUUCUUAGUGAACAUCAGAUAGUAGAGAAAGUAUUUUUAACUGUAUCCAAUGUGUGGACAUUUUAGGUUAAAAUCUAAAUUUAAUAUAGACCAGAGGUGUUGAAUUGCAGGAUAUCUAGCAAUUUAAGAAAAUGUAGAGAAAAGGUUUUUUUUUGUUUGUUUGUUUUUUGUUUUUUUUUUUUUUGAGACAGAGUCUCGCUCUGCCACCCAGGCUGGAGUGCAGUGGCAUGAUCUUGGCUCACUGCAAGCUCUGCCUCCUGGGUUCAUACCAUUCUCCUUCCUCAGCCUCCCAAGUAGCUGGGACUACAGGCGCCUGCCACCACACCUGACUAAUUUUUUGUAUUUUUAGUGGAGACAGGGUUUCACCAUGGUCUUGAUCUCCUGACCUUGUGAUCUGCCCGCCUUGGCCUCCUAAAGUGCUGGGAUUACAGGUGUGAGCCACCACGCAAAAAAAGGUUUUUAUUGAGAAAUAGCAUUUUACUUUGCUAAUAUCCAGUUCAGUUCAUUGUCAAGACUGCUGUUUUCUGACACUUGAAAAGAUGCCAUACUGGAGCCAAUGACUAUAACUAGGUCAAAGGUUUAUUGCUUAGCCAUAUGUAAAAUAAGGGAAGAGUUUUUAGCAAAGGGAACCAUAAGCAAGAGUGCUUUUGUAUGUCCAGGAAGAAAGAGACCCUUAAUUUGGGGCCAUAGGACAGGAGCCCACCAGCAGGAUUUUUGAAUAAUCCUGGGGCAGACUAAUUUCGGGUGACCCGUCUCAGAAUGGUGGAUCAAAGGGGCAAGUCAACUUGCCUUGUAUGCAGCUUAAGAGGAUUAGUAGAAGAGAGUGGGUCCAGAUUUCUGGUGGUUUCUGCCCUAGCAGAUGUCCAACACAUAAGCCAGGACAUUCUGCUCUGAGUGACUUAUUGUACCCAACUCUAUUUCUCUCCAAAGUGAAAUACAUUUUUCACAGGUGAUAUAACUUUUUAAAAUGUAUAUAGAGAUAUAACUUAAAUAUGGGGCUUUGAAAAAGCACAAAUAGGCUGAGCACGGUGGCUUGCACCUGUAAUCCCAGUACUUUGGGAGGCUGAGGUGGGCAAGACCUGAGGUCAGGAGUUCCAGACCAGCCUGGCCAACAUGAUGAAACCCUGUCUCUACUAAAAAUACAAAAAUUAGCCAGGCAUGAUGGUGCACAUCUGUAGUCCCGGCUACUAGAGAGUCUGAGGUGGAGGAUCACUUGAACCUGGGAGGUGGAGGUUUCAUUGAGCUGAGAUCAUGCCACUGCACUCCAGCCUGAGUGACAGACACUUUCAAAAAAAAAAAAAAUAGAUUUUGCUAUUGGGUAAGGUAUAGUAGUCAGCAGCAGAAUGGACUGAUUGAGGACAACUAUAAAAUUACAAAAAAUAUUUAAAUGCAACUUAUUGCUAUAGAAGCAAAGAGAACUAAAGGAGCAAAAUUCUAGAGAGUGGUAAAUCCCAGAAAGCACAUGCACAGAAUGCAGCUCUUUGCUCUGGGGACCCUUUCCACUUCUGGCUAUAGGGAAGAGCCUGAAUACUGAACUUGGUUCAGGCAGAGGGCCAUACCCUGGGGGUCAGGGGAAGGCAUGGGGGGGGACCAGAAACCAGGAGAACAAUCAAGACUGCAAUUAAAAAAAAAUGGAUACAUUAGGGGCUUCAAACACAUAUAAUUUCUCAAGAAAUUUCUAGAUAUCUCAUGCUGCAUAGGGCAGGAGGCUGAAAAGCUAAUUUGAGAAGAAAACAAGUAGAAUUUUUGUUUUGUUUUGCAUUUUGCAAUAUGGAGGAUAAAUGAUUAGACCUUAGGAAGUGCCAGUGGGUUGGUCCUUUCAUGAACAUGCCAUCAGUAAAAGCCCUGGAAACAAGGUCAUACCAGAGAUUCAUUGUGUCUUGUCACAACUGAAAACAAUAUCUGAGUGGAAUAUUCAAAAACUUGCUUAGAAAGAAAACUCUAGGACAGAUGGCUUCACUGAAGUUAUUCCAAAUAUUUAAUAAAUAAAGCAUACCAGGCUUUUAUAAACUCUUCUAGAAGAAAAAAGUUGGAACUUUUCCAAUUCAGUUUUUCAGGCCAGUGCAACCUUGAUACCAAAACCAAUAAAACAAACAAACAAACAAAAAACAUAAAGCUAUAGACCAAAGUCUCAUAGAUUUAGAUGCAAAAUCCUAAAAUUGAAAAAAAAAGUCUAGUCAUAUCCAUAAACUGUAUCAUCACCAAGAGAUGUUUAUUAGGGCAAUCAAAAGAUGAUUUAUUAUUUUAAAAAAAAUCAAUGUGGCCUUCCCUUCCUCUUUCUUUUGAUUCCCCUCUUUGAGUUUGUAUGUGUCUCUUUUGCCUUCCCUUCCCAGAGUGGAGGAGUUAGACCUGCAUUGUGGGAUGAGAGGAGUUGUGGCUAUGUGUCUGCUGGCACCAAGAGGGCUGAGGGUGAGGUGUGGAAGGGACAGGGGGAGGAGAUGGGCAGCAUUGUUGAGAGAUUGGUACCACUGAGCAAAUACGUUGAGAAUGAUGAUGGCAAGGUUUCUCCCUGUUAGAGAAGAUAUUUGCAGAAAUAGGAAUGAGGAGAGCUAGAAAACCUGGAAUGUGGGAUUAGAAUAGAACUCAUAUCUUUUAAAUACAUAGGAACAAUAGAGAAAUUGUUGGGUGUGCCCAUAUACAUAUAUUUUGUGAUUCAUUCUACCAAGAGGACAUAAAGGCAGUGACAGCUCAGUAACAGUAAACACACCAACUGCCAAGUUAUUAUUUCCUAAAUACUAUCCACAAGAAAGGGGACCAGGGAUGAUUCCUAGUCAGAGAUUGGGAGAAAAAGAAGAUGAGCCUGAAUCAUUUCAUGUACCUAACAGUAAGAAAAUACUCUGGCUGGGCUCAGUGGCUCAUGUCUGUAAUUCUAGCAUGUUAGGAGGUCGAGGUGGGUGGGUUGCUUGAGCCCAGGAGUUUGAGACCAGCCCAGGCAACAUGGCAAAACUGUCUCUACAAAAAAUAUAAAAAUUAGCCAGGCGUGGUGGCAUGCACCUGUCAUCCAAGAUACUCAGGAGGCAGAGAGGUGGGAGGAUCACUUGAACCUGGGAGAUUGAGACUGCAUCGAGCUGUGAUCAUGCCACUGCACUCCAGCCUGGAAGACAGAGUGAGACCCUGUCUCAGGAAAAAAGAAAAAAAAAAAGAUGUUGCUCAGCAAGUUAAUGGACAAACUGUGCAACAUCAAGAAACCUUUAACAUUCUUCAAAGAAAUAGAAAACACAAUCCUAAAAUUUAUAUGGAAACCACAAAAGACCUAGAAUAGUCAGAGUUAUCCUGAGCAAAAGGAAUCAAACUGGAGGGAUCAUAUUACCUGACUUCAAAUUAUUCUACAGAGCUACAGUAACUAAAACAGCAUGAUACUGGCAUAAAAACAGACACAUAGGAACAGAAUAGACAACCCAGAAACAAAUUCAUACAUCUACAGUGAACUCACUUUUGACAAAGUGAUGAAGAACAUACAUUGGGGUAAAGAUAGUGUCUUUAAUAACUGGUGCUGGGAAAGCUGGAUAUCCGUAUGCAGAAGAAUGAAACUAGACCCCUAUCUCUUAGCAUAUACAAAAAUCAAAAUUAAUUAAAAAGUUAAAUCUAAGACCUCAAACUAUGAAACAGCUAAAAGAAAACAUUGGGGAAUCUCUCCAGGACAUUGGAGUGGGCAAAGAUUUUUUGUGUAAUACCUGACAAACAGGCAACCAAAGCAAAAGUGGACAAGUGGGAUCACAUCAAGUUAAAAACCUGUAUUGCAAAGGAAACAACAAAGUGAAGAGACAACCCAUAGAAUGGGAAAGAAUAUUUGCAAACUAUCCAUCUGUAUUAGGCCAUUCUUGAAGUACUAUAAAGAAAUACAUGAGACUGGGUAAUUUAUAAAGAAGAGGUUUAAUUGGCUCACGGUUUUGCAGGCUGUACAGGAAGCAUGGUGCUAACAUCUGAUCAGCUUGUAGGGAGGCAUCUGGAAGCUUCCAACCAUUGUGGAAGGCAAAAGGGGAAUAAGUAUCUCACAUGGCAGGAGCAAGGGCAAAGAGAGGGGGAGGGAGGUGCCACACACUUAACCAGAUCUUGUGAGUACUCAGGUCUUGUGAGGGUUGCUUGAGGUCAGGGAUACCCCAUUUACCCUGAUGUGUUUAUAUACAUUUCAUGACCGUAUCAAAAUAUCUCAUGUACCCCCAUAAACAUAUACACCUAUUUGUACCCACAAAAAUUUAAAAAUAAUUUCAAUGUUUGAAGACUCAUUAUUAAAAUAAUAGCAGUUUAUAUAAAUUUAAUAUUUCAAUAAAACUCCCAAUAUUUAUUCUUAACACUGGAAAAACUUUUCCAAAAUGCAUAUGGCAGAAAUAUGGGCGUUGAUGAAAGGACAGCAUCAAUUAAUGAGGGAUCCUCCCCCUUGACGAAAAUACCUUCCACCAAGACCCACCUUUAAUGCUGAGGAUUACAUCUCAAAAUGAGAUUUGGGCAGGGACAAAUAUCCAAACUAUAUCACUAGCUAUAUCAGGAGCUGUAACUAUAACUAUAUCAGAUGCUAUAACAAUUCUAUAGAAAAAAUUAAUCUGAAAACUGGACAAAAAUCUGAAUAGACAUUUCUCGAAAGAAGACAUACAAAUGGCAAACAGGCAUAUGAAAAGGUACUCAACAUCAUUGAUCCAUUAGAGAAAAGCAAAUCAAAACUACAAUGAGAUAUCAUCUCAUCCCAGUUAAAAUAUCUUCUGUCCAAAAGACAGGUAACAACAAAUGCUGAAGAGGAUGUGGAGAAAAGGAACCCUCCUGCACUGUGGAAGUGUAUAUUAGUACAACCACUAUGGAGAACAGUUUGUAGGUACCUCAAAAACUAAAAAUAGAGCUACCAUACAAUCCAGCAAUUCCACUGGUAGGUAUAUACCCCAAAGAAAGGAAAUCAGUAUAUUGAAGAUAAAUCUGCACCACGUUUACUGUAGCACUACUCGCAAUAGCCAAGAUUUGGAAGCAAUCCAAGUGUCCAUCAGCAGAUGAAUGGAUAAAUAAAAUAUGGUACGUAUACACAGUGGAGUACUAUUCAGCCAUAAAAAAGAAUGAGAUCCUGUCAUUUGCAACAUUAUAGAUGGAACUACAGAUCAUUAAGUGAAAUAAGCCAGGCACAGCAAGACAGACAUCACAUGUUCUGACUUAUUUAUUGGAGCUAAAGAUGAAAACAACUGAACUUAUAGAGAGUAGAAGAAUGUUUACCAGAGGCUGGGAAAGGUAGUGGGGGCAUGAUGAGGGGGAACUGGGGAAUGUUAAUGGGCACAAAAAGGUAGAAUGACUAAGACCUAGUAUUGAUAGCACAACAAGGUUACUACAGUCAAUAAUAAUUGUACAUUUUUAAGGUAUAAUUGAAUUGUUUGUAACACAAAGGAUAAAUGCUUGAGGUUAUGGAUAUCCCAUUUACCCUGAUGUGAUUAUUAGACAUUGCAAGCCUGUAUCAAUAUAUCAUGUACCCCAUAGAUGUAUACACCUAGUAUGUACCCAAGAAAAUUAAAAAUAAAGUAAAAAUUUCAAUGAUUAGGAAGACCAUUAUUAACAUCAGUUUUCUUUAAAUGUUUCUGUAAAUUUAAUACAAUUUCAAUAAACCUUCCAAUAUUUAUUCUUAGUACUGGAAAAA